CUAGAAAACCCAUGCAUGGAAAAUGGCCCUCUAUUCCUUUCAUAGUGCAUUACUUUGACCAGGGUCUAUUGCUCUGGUCACUAUAAAGGGAAUACCUUGCCAUAAUGGGACAAGAAAAAUAACAGAGAGAGAAACAGAGAGAGAAAACAAGAAAAGAAGAGUGUGUAGGUGUGUCUGUGUCAGUUUGGCAGGGGGGAGGAACCUACCUGUAUGUGAGGGACUCUGUGCUGUGGAGAUGACACACCCCUUUUCAAACCAGUCUGACUAGAUAUAACGCUUCCCCAAUUCUGCCACAUACACCCUUUCUGUUACUGACUGAAACCUGACCAGUCUUUUCCACACACACGCUCCUCCCUCACCUUUAAGCUUGAAGAAGUAAAUAAAUAUAUAAUCAUAAUGAAGGUGUUUCUCUCUCAGGGAUCCUGGCACCACUGGUGAAAAUACCAUCUGUCGCUACUGUCCUCUCUCAACUCUGCACAUUCAAAUUACAGAAGAGAUCUAUUUGCAUUCAAAAAUGCAUUUGUGUCUUAUGGCUGUUGGUAAGACUUAGUCACUGCAAGUGCAUACAAGUUUCUCUUGACAAAGUGUAGAGUCAAAGUUGCAAAAGGUUAGUCUUGUGAGAGAAACAAAAUAACAGGGCAUGUACCGACAAGAUAAGAGGGCGGGCAGAGAAUGCUUCCUGCAAAAUAUCGAUGUUCUGAUUGGCAGGUGACAACGUCACUCAUUUUGAAGUUCUCUUCGCAACCAGGAACGCACUAAGCACAAGUUUUGGUACUCAGCCUAGUGAGCCUUCUACCUGGCCAAGGUCUUGUCCGCGGUCCAUAGCCUUCAAAAAACAACGCCAGUGACCGGCGAGGUCGUAACUGUUACUGAACUAUGAUGGCCUCGCAGAAAGGGAUGUUUACUGGCGUUUUACUUUGUCUCGUCGUGUCCAUGACUGUAGCUUUACAGGUGUCCAUCCCUGAGCGGUCCUAUGAGUUCACCAGGGGAGACAACAUCACUAUACCAUGCACCUUCAAACCCAAGAACCCAAUCAACAAUCUGGUCAUCAUAUCCUGGUUGGCUGAAGCAGACAAACCCGGAGAGCCAGAGUCGUGUCCAUGACUGUAGCUUUACAGGUGUCCAUCCCUGAGCGGUCCUAUGAGUUCACCAGGGGAGACAACAUCACUAUACCAUGCACCUUCAAACCCAAGAACCCAAUCAACAAUCUGGUCAUCAUAUCCUGGUUGGCUGAAGCAGACAAACCCGGAGAGCCAGAGGUGUCCAUCCUCACCUCCUACUCUACUGGUGAACUGGACAUCACUGACCAGUAUGAAGGAAGAGUUUCCCUGGAGCAGGACAUAGCUAAAGGAGUAGCCAACCUUAAGCUGUCCUCCAUCAGUCUCCUGGACAACCGACUAUUCGAGUGUCGGGUCUCCAUCCCCAAGGAUGACAAGGGCCAGCUGGCUGACACCACCCAUCUGGUGGUCCUGGUGGCUCCCUCUGUGCCUAUCUGUAAGAUUGAUGGGAGGGCAGAGUACUUCCAGAACAUCAGUCUCACCUGUCUGUCUGAAGAGGGCUCUCCUCUCCCUACCUACAAGUGGCAAGGCUACGACGUCAAAAACAUGCCCCGAGCACCUGCACCCAGGACAACAGACAAGGAUGGUGUCCUGUCUCUCUUCAACCUCACCAUAGAAUCCUCAGGAUACUACAUCUGUACCUCCACUAAUAAGAUCCGUAGUGCCAAAUGCAACCUGACGCUGUCCGUCAUGCCACCGUCUAUGGCCAUGGGUUCAACAGCAGGUAUCAUUGGCGGCGUUGCGGUUGGUGUUCUGGUGCUGCUCAUCAUCCUCCUCUACUGCUGCUGCUGCAGAAAGAAGAAGGACAAGGCAGAGGAGUACGCUAUGGGGGUUCCAGAGGGGGAGGAGUUCCACGACAACAAACCUGUGGUGAACGGCGAGGUUCGCCAGACGCGCAGCAUGGAAGACGACGAUGACCACCCACCAAAGAUCGUGGACCGCCACGACCAGUACAAGGAACGCAGCGAGAAGGACUACGGUGACCGUCGCAGCGACUACGGUGACCGCCGCGAUGGCUACGGUGACCGCCGCAGCGACUACGGUGACCGCCGCGAUGGCUAUGAUGACCGCCGCAGCGACUACGGUGACCGCCGCGAUGGCUAUGAUGACCGCCGCAGCGACUACGGUGACCGCCGCGAUGGCUAUGAUGACCGCCGCAGCGACUACGGUGACCGCCGCGAUGGCUAUGAUGACCGCCGCAGCGACUACGGUGACCGCCGCAGCGACUACGGUGACCGCAGGGACCAGGACGACCGCUACUCUGACCACCGUGACCGGUACGACCGUGAUCGUGUUUACGAUGAACGCAGCGAUGGCAGUCGGUACAGUGAUCGUUAUGAUGACCGUGACAGACCUCCCAGUGUACCCACCAAUAAACCUGCUAAGCCUUCUAAAAAUAGAAUAGAUUAGAACCACUUCAUGUUUCCCGCAACUUGUUUUUGAAGUGGUUGAAAAUAUUACUAUUAUAAAAUAGUAGCUAGGUCAGGCUUCACAAAGUGCCUCGCUACUAGACUGAACCUGGUUACAUAAAUAACAGGACGACAGAUACUCAACUAAGUUAAAGCCUAUAGAUCAGGGAUCAUCAAACAGAUUCAGCUGCCAGAUGGUGUUUUUCCUUUAGCAGAAGUUCAGGGGUUCGGAACAUAAUUAUAUAUCAUUUGUAGACGGCAAAUUGACUGCAAGAAGCCGAAACGGAUGUAAUAUUUGACAAAUAUAUAAUAAUUUAGAACCUUGCUUACAUUUGUAAACCAUCACAUAUAUAUCGCUCUUGUGUGUGGGAAUAUUUGAACAGAUUUCCAAAAUGAAAAUCACUUGGAGCUGAUUUCCUGGUUUUUGUACAGUCUUUUAUGUUCAACAAUAGCAAUUCUACAAACAAACAAAAUAUUUUUUUGGUUCAGAAAAGUUGGGGGGCCAAAGAAAAGGGUCUGUCAGGUUGGGAACCCUGCUAGAGACCACUAGAGGUGGAGCGGCAUUGUGUCACUGUUAUCUAUGUAAAGGCCUUCUAUGUGGAGUACAGCCUAUGAUUGAAGGAAGGGUGGCCUCAAUUCAGUUCAGUAGUCAGGAAGCGAAUUGGAAUGCUUAUUCAAGAUUUGAAAAGUGCCAUCUAGUAUUUUCAAUUAGGAUUUUUUAAACAUUUUUAUUCUUGAAUCUGAAUUUAAAUUUGCGUUCUGUUAUAAGCUGCCAUUGCCUGAGUAAGACUGUAUGAAUUCUCAGUGCAGUUUAUUGGAUAAUGCAUUUUUCCUCCUGCCUCACUGUCUACUGUUGGUGUGACAGAAGAGCUUUUCAUGUCCGUCUCAGGUCUUGUCUGUUUGAGAACCACUGUUGGUGUGACAGAAGAGCUUUUCAUGUCCGUCUCAGGUCUUGGCUGUUUGAGAACCACUGUUGAUGUGACAGAAGAGCUUUUCAUGUCCGUCUCAGGUCUUGGCUGUUUGAGAACCACUGUUGGUGUGACAGAAGAGCUUUUCAUGUCCGUCUCAGGUCUUGGCUGUUUGAGAACCACUGUUGGUGUGACAGAAGAGCUUUUCAUGUCCGUCUCAGGUCUUGGCUGUUUGAGAACCACUGUUGGUGUGACAGAAGAGCUUUUCAUGUCCGUCUCAGGUCUUGGCUGUUUGAGAACCACUGUUGGUGUGACAGAAGAGCUUUUCAUGUCCGUCUCAGGUCUUGUCUGUUUGAGAACCACUGUUGGUGUGACAGAAGAGCUUUUCAUGUCCGUCUCAGGUCUUGUCUGUUUGAGAACCACUGUUGGUGUGACAGAAGAGCUUUUCAUGUCCGUCUCAGGUCUUGUCUGUUUGAGAACCACUGUUGGUGUGACAGAAGAGCUUUUCAUGUCCGUCUCAGGUCUUGUCUGUUUGAGAACCACUGUUGGUGUGACAGAAGAGCUUUUCAUGUCCGUCUCAGGUCUUGUCUGUUUGAGAACCACAUGCUUUUUGGUGACGGUUUAUUUGUUUUUAUCAACUGUGGAUUGCUAAUACCCUCUAAUAUAAAAUGUUGGAGUUACAUUUAAUAUCAAUGCUAAUACCCUCUAAUAUAAAAUGUUGGAGUUACAUUUAAUAUCAAUGCUAAUACCCUCUAAUAAAUGAAUAAAGUUGUUAACCUUUUUAAUAGUUGUUUUCAUUACUUAGAAGUGUUGUGUUUGGUACAUGUGUUUAGCGUCAUGAUGCUUGUUAAUACAGUGUUUCAGCUGUGAGCAGUGUAGCAUCAGGUGUCUUCAUUAACAUAUUGAAACCAUGACUUGUUUUUGGAGUGAGUGAGUGAAUCAGGCCUUUGGAAAGAGAACCCACUUUAAGAACAGAGAGAAAGUAGUUUCAGUCUGUGGCAUGUGCCUGUUGUUUCACUUCUUCAUUAUAGCCUGAGGCCAGACAACACUAAACUAGAAGUGGCUUUAUUGGGUUCAGACCUUUUACAUAGGUCUGUCUGAGUGAGGAGUUUUUAUCUAAGGAAGGGAAGAUCAUCUUGUCUUUAAUCUUUGCCAAAAAUGUCUAACCUUUGUUUUGUUUUUAUGCAUUUGAAAUGUACGGGGACACAAUUUAACUAGUUAAAACAUCAAAUGUUUUGGUUAGAUGUGAUGGUACAAUUUAAUAACUGUAAAUAAAAUGUAUCAUGUUUCUAA